AUGAACGUGGGGAUCAGGGCUAAGGUGCUGGCACCAGGUCAGCAGAAGAGACCCUGGCAUGGGAGGGUGGAGGUGGGUGUAAAGCCCCAGGUGCUUUGUCACUUUGCUUGCGGAGAUCACGGAGUGGGGUCCUGGGCCUCAGGGGCUAACAGCAGGUCAACAGAGGAGUCAUUGAUGUGGAGAUCUGGGCGGGGUGUCCCGAGUUGCUUUCUCACUUCCCUAAGGGAGAGUCAUGGGGCUGGGGGGUACUGGCAUCUCCUGCUCUGCCCACACCGGGGCCCGCUGUGCCUGACCUGUGUCAUCAUGCCUCGGGGUCAGAAGAGUAAACGCCUCCAGGGUGCAGAUGAGACUGAGAGUCUCCGCGGUGAUCAGGCCGCUGCAGCAGCAGCAGAAGAGUGCCCCACUUCUCCUGUUUCUGGGGGUUCUCCCCCAAGCUGCCCUGCUCCCGGCCCUUUCCAGGAACCUCAGGGAGCCUCAGCCGCUGGGCCUCCUGGGGCAGGUGUCUCAUUCCCAAGAUCUGACGAAGGGGCCCAGAGCCAAGCUGAGGCGGGCCCAAGCACCUCCCUUGUAGCACCGUCCCCUCGGUCGGCUCCCCCAGAUCCUCUCACCAGGAAGGCACACAUGCUGGUGCAGUUCCUGCUGGGGAAGUAUAAAAUGGGUGAGUGCAUUACGCGGGCGGAAAUGCUAAAGGCGGUCAAAAAGAAGUACAAGGAGCAGUUCUCUGAGAUCCUCAGGAGAGCCUCUGAGCACAUGGAGCUGGUCUUUGGCCUAGAGGUGAAGGAAGUCGACCCCGGCAAACACUUCUAUGUCCUUAUCACCAUGCUGGAUCUCCCCAGUGAGGGAAGUCUGACCAGUGACAGGAGUGUGCCCAAGACUGGUCUCCUGACGAACAUCCUGGCCGUGAUCUGCCUGAAGGGGAACCGCGCCACCGAGGAGGAGGUCUGGGAAUCACUCGGCGUGUUGGGGGUCUACACUGGGAGGAGGCAUGCCAUAUUCGGGGAGCCCAAGAGGCUCAUCAUCAAAGAUCUAGUGCAGCCCCAGUACCUGGAGUACCGCCAGGUGCCCGGCAGUGACCCUCCGCGCUACGAGUUCCUGUGGGGCCCAAGAGCCCACGCUGAGACCACCAAGAUGAAAGUGCUGGAGAUUACGGCCAGGCUCAAAGGGACCGUCCCCAGCGCCUUCCCGAAGCUGUAUGAGGAGGCUUUGAGAGAUGAGGAGAGAGCAGAGGGGACCAAAAGAAGGUCUCUGUACACAGAGCAGGGGACUAGAACAUUAUAG